AGAAGUCUCAGUCAAUGUGCGGCUAACAUUAGCAGCUAACACACACUCACACACACACACUCUCACAGACACACACCGACACACACCGGCUCCCUCUACAGCUGCUGUGAAACACAUCGCACUCCGCACAGUCCCCGUCAAACACACAUCAGCGUCGCGAUAUCGGGUCAGAUCUGCCCCGGCGUGUUUUUAGCGCAGAACAGAGCGAAGAUGAUCAAGCUUUUCUCGCUGAAGCAGCAGAAGAAGGACGAGGAGUCCGCCGGAGGAACGAGAGCCGGAGCCGGCGGAAAGAAGGCGAGCGCGGCCCAGCUGCGGAUACAGAAGGACAUCAAUGAGCUGAACCUCCCAAAGACGUGUGAGAUCGUUUUCCCUGAUCAAGACGAUCUGCUCAACUUCAAACUCAUCAUCUCGCCGGACGAGGGUUUCUAUAAAGGUGGGAAAUUUGUCUUCAGUUUUAAGGUAGGACAGGGUUACCCUCAUGACCCGCCAAAGGUCAAAUGUGAAACGAUGGUUUAUCACCCCAACAUUGACCUCGAAGGCAACGUCUGUCUAAAUAUUUUGAGAGAAGACUGGAAGCCAGUAUUGACGAUUAACUCCAUCAUAUACGGACUACAGUAUCUGUUCCUCGAGCCAAAUCCCGAAGAUCCGCUGAACAAAGAAGCAGCAGAGGUCCUGCAGACGAACCGGCGGCUCUUCGAGCAGAACGUCCAGCGGUCGCUGCGGGGCGGAUACGUGGGCGCCACCUACUUCGAGCGCUGUCUGAAAUAGUCCCGCGCCCGCCGGCCUUCACAUCCGAGAAUGCAUUUAUCGUUUACAUGCGCUGAGAUGUACUGACCGACACACUGACCGGAGAGCAGCGGGGGGGGACGGGUCAGCGCGGGUGGGUUAUUAAGGAAUAGGCUGGGAAAGGCUGGUCAGUGAUUGUUGCUCAGAGAAUUCAGUCGUAUUUUGCCACUAUGCUGGUACCCACUGUUUAUUUUUGCUGAGAUUCACAUGCUAACUUAUCCUCCCACUCACAGACAUGAACCGAGAGCGAGACAGGCAGACGCCACAGAGACAUAUUCAGAUCAUUUCACUUCUCUCGUAUUCCAUUAUGAAGGCUUGAGGACUGAUUUCGUUUGGGCUUCAGCAACGGGGAACCUGCCUUGUGUCGCACAUAUUCAACUGUGUUUAGUAGUCACUAAUUUUUAUGUUUGCAAAAAAAAAAAAAAAAAAGACGAAUAUAGCAUCGCAUCUGACCAAUUCUGAUAGCAUUGACAAAUUGAUAACCCGUUGAACCUAGAGACUGGUUAACUCGAGAUUGACAGGAUCCGUCUGCAAAUUGGGCUGUUGUGAGCUUGGGAGACCUUAAGAUGUUUUGCUAUAGUUUUCCUGGUUGGGAAUGGGUGGGAUUGGAUUUUCUUGAGGAGGGAUAUGACGUAGGGUUAGGAAUGGUUGCGUAAAAUGUUACAAUUCUGUUGUGUAUAUUGAAAUCCCAGUUGUUCACGAUGACUGCAAUAUGAAUUAUGUUAAAUAAAAUAUUGACUUGAA